AUGUCCCUACUCACACACGGUGGCAGAAUUGUGCCCAUACUUACGGGUCACCAACAACAACACUCCGAUUCUACCCCAGAAUCGUCCGUACUAGACACCACUUCUCCUACAUAUCCCAAUCCUUCCUCCUCGCUGCUGGAUCAGCCUGAAGAUGCCCCCAUCAUGCGUCAACCACAGGCCAUAGACCUCGCGAGCUUAGAGAUGCCCUGUCUAAGGGAGCGCGGUCUAUUCGCCUUGCCCACACAAGGAGAUGGGAAUUGCCUCUACUAUUCCCUCUCCGACCAAUUGAAGGGCACAUUUGACCACGCAGACGAAAUUCGCCAUAUUCUUGCAUCCCAUAUUGCCAACAAUAAGAAAUAUUUUAUGCAGUUUGUUGUUGCCCAGGGUGGCGAGCGCCGCCGCCCCAAACGAGCCACCGCCUCCGCAUAUGCUACGCGUUCAGCCGAUGUAUCAGCUCCAUCUGAAGAGGAUAAAGAACGGCGGUUCGAAGAAAUGGUCGCUUUGACUCGUAAAAAUGGGGAGUGGGGAAGCUCGGAGCAUCUGCAAGCAUUCUGCCAGGCAUUCAAGGUGGACAUUAAUGUGUACACCAUGGAUGGCGUCCAAACAUUCCGGGAUGUCCAUGCCAUGCCUGAGGAUCAUCGGGACGUCAUCCAUGUAGCCUUUCACGAUUUUAAGCACUAUUCGUCGGUGCGAACGGUGGGUGGCGACUACACAGGGCUUCUGGCUAAGUCGGUGUGCCUUGGGCCCCUGGCCAUGUCCUUAAAAGAUGGAGGCUCAAAAGACGAAGCUCUAUUAUGUUCCCUCGAUGUCAAGGACGUUGCUGUCGAUACCGAGCACAUCAUCAUUGAUAAAAACAACUCUCGCCCUACUGAAAAUUUCUCUUCAUCCCCCUCAUCCACUUCCAUCUCCACCAAUGACACACAAUCUACCAACACAUCCGUACACUCCAAAGACUCUGGCUUGGCCGUCGAUGUUUCCCCUCCAUGGGACAUUCAGAGCAUUCAAGAUGCUUUCGGAGGCCGAUAUGACCAAGACACUAUCAGGGACAUGCUUCAGAAAUGCCGCGGUGACAUCGAUCGGGCAUUUUCAGCACUCCUUGGUGAAACGAAUGAAAGCGAGAAAAAGGUCGUCCCGGGUCCCAGCUUCAAGUCGAGCCUGCAGGUAUCACGCUCCUCAUCGCCAUUCAGCACGGGCAGCAAGCGUUCCGCUGACGACAGCGACGACUCGGAGGACCCACGACCAGCUGUUCGGCGAGGUCGUCCUAGGAAGCGACUCGUUUCUAACCUCACGCUGGGCGUGGGUAUCUCAUUCCGAGACGACCAGAACGAGGUCGUCUCACUUAACUUGCGGAUGAAAGCAGACGCUGAGAAAGCCGCAGAAGCAGAAAAGACCCAGAUGGAGGUCCUUAGUGAGGCGGACUCUGAGCAAUCAGAGACGACCCGCAAAGGGCCCCGUCGCAGCGGUCGCCUUUCAAAGCAUCGGCCAGUUUAG